ACCGACCGCAACGGCAACACUUCCACUUACGUUACGUUCCUGUCCUAACCUCAAUAUAGGAGAGAUCAAACGUAGUUAUUGGGCGAUAGAUUCGAAUGUUGAGUUGUUGUUGUGGAUUAUAGUAUUCUAAACGUUCGUUAUUAUUAUCUUAGUUGAUGAAACGAGACGGAAUAAAGUUAUUCUAGUUAAUAGCUUACAGUAAUAAUUCAAAUAUUUUUUAUUCAAUAAUUAAUUAUUAUGCAGGUUAAAGUCUAAAAUGACUACAAAUCAAAAAAGGACCGUUUAUGUUGGAGGAUUGGCCGAGGAAGUUGAUGAGAAAGUUCUCCAUGCUGCCUUUAUCCCAUUUGGAGAUGUUGUUGAUGUUCAGAUCCCUCUUGAUUAUGAAACAGAGAAGCAUAGAGGUUUCGCUUUUGUGGAGUUCGAGGUGGCAGAAGAUGCAGCUGCAGCCAUCGAUAAUAUGAAUGACAGCGAGUUGUAUGGACGCACCAUCAGAGUGAACCUCGCCAAACCUCAGCGUAUCAAAGAAGGUUCAUCACGACCAGUCUGGUCAGAGGAUACUUGGCUGCAGGAACAUGCCGGCGAGACACUUGAGACAGAAGCGGACACCAAAACUACUGCUGUGGAGGAAGACACAUCUGUCAAGAAACAUAAAAAUCCACAGGUAUAUUUUGACAUCAGCAUUGGCAAAGUAAAUGUUGGAAGAAUCAUUAUGAUGCUUCGUUCUGAUGUGGUCCCCAAAACAGCAGAGAACUUCAGAUGCCUUUGUACUCAUGAGAAGGGUUAUGGAUAUCAAGGAAGCACAUUUCAUAGGAUUAUACCGAACUUUAUGUGCCAAGGAGGAGACUUCACCAACCACAACGGCACUGGUGGCCGAUCCAUCUACGGCAAGAAGUUUGACGAUGAGAACUUCACACUGAAGCACACAGGCCCAGGGAUACUGUCCAUGGCAAACUCUGGGCCUAACAGUAAUGGAUCUCAGUUCUUCCUGUGUACAAACCGCACCGAGUGGUUGGACAACAAGCACGUUGUAUUCGGACAUGUUAUGAGUGGGUUAGAUGUUAUUAAGAAGAUGGAGAAAUGUGGUACCAAGUCCGGUCUUCCCACGGAGAAGGUCAUCAUAUCAGCUUGUGGGGAACUAGUUUAAGAAGCAAUAAGUCCUAUGUACAGUUUUUAUACUAUAAUUUUACAUGUGUUUUAAAUACAGCCCUUAAUACUUAGUA